AUGUCGAAAAGAACAUAUCGUCUAAUAGAUGAUACCGAGCUUGAAAUCGUGAUACAUUUAGCUGUGAUAGAGAAAAAUAUCCGUUUCAUUAUCGACAAAAUAAAAAGUGGCAAUUACGGUGAAAUCACCGACUAUUAUCGUCGUAUCAAAGAACGUACAGCAAAAACCAGAAUCAAUGAAAUUUUGACAUCUAGUGCUCGGAGCGUAGCCCAGCUGAGAGUGAAUAAUCCAGCAAAUUUCGAUCAGUUAACCACUGAUACCGCUGAUUAUGUAUCGUACGGUGAUGGAAGCCAUUUUUAUCCUCCAUCAACCAUCACCACCUUCCCUCUUGCACCUUCAGUUCGUGCAUUACAGUCAAGUCGAACAAGAGCAAAUUUGCCUAACAGUGUAUCGUCAAAUUCAUCGAAAAAUACCUCGUCAAUUACUGUACCUCGUUUACCAUCGAUAUCGCCAUUAUCUUCACCUGAUCGUCAUUUAUUUGAUCUCUAUCAACAACAAGUGGACUAUUAUAACAAUCGGCAUUUUCAAGAGCAGUUGAACGAUCAAUCGGAUUCCAACGAACUUCUAUUACCGUCGGUGAACUCAUCCAUAUUUUCUUCACCGACUUUAACUUCGAGUUAUGUUGGUGAAAAUUCACAGCAAUCGCUGACAAAAAAAGUGUCGGAAACAGCGGUCUCCACUAAUGAUCCAAUAACAGACGAUGUUAUGGAGGGAAGUGGUGGUGAUGAAGUUGAGCAAGAACAACUGAUACAGCCCGAAACCAGUGAUGGCACUGCCAGUGAAGAACUAGUGCCACAGGAACGCAUCUCUCCACACUCACAACCAGUUUUUGAAGAAGAUGUUGUGUGCAUCGAAGAAUCAUCGACUGCUCCGAUCAUCGACCGCAAACCAUUCGUUCAAUUAGUAUUAUCGAACAAACCUCAUCUUUAUACAAACGAGCACUCUAAAAAAAAAUGCGACUUAGGAUCAAAUUAA